AUGGCCACUACAUCUUCUGAUGCUCCCCAUGACUUGACAAGCAUCAUCAUCUCCCUCCGAGAAACCAUUCUUAACGUGAAACGCGACGUGGAAAAGACACAAAGCGAUGUUAUAUUUGAUCCCACGCAGCCAGCAAGUUCGAAUGUGCAAUUCGAAAAUUCUCGUUAUGCUAAUUUACUUCAGAUCGGCCACCUGCUUGACAACGCCGACAGCACCGACAUCAUCUUGAGCCUUGCAAAGCCAACCAAAGAGACGAUAAACCACCUGCACGGACUCUCCGCCAAACUCUCCACAUUGCAGCGCACAUUAGUCGAGCGCGAGCAAUGGCAUCCGCCGCCGUCCCAGCCACCUCCCGCGAUCCCCUGCUCCACCGAUUUCCUCGACCUCUCUGACCUAAGCACCGCGGUAGACCUCAUUUCAAACGUAGUCCGCUACUCCAAUCCAUCCAAACAGCUUACGCCGCAAGUUGCUUUCGGAAAGAGGACGUGGGCGUGGGAUCCGCUGUGGCGCGAGUUCUUCUCGCACGACGACGAAUCGCACUCGUCCACCUACCUCUCCAGGUGGUUUUUCGAUCCGCGGAGAGAGGUCUGGCAGCAUGCUAACAUGGCGGAUUCGGGCUUGCUGCCGGAUGAAGCGCAGCAGCGGUUAGGCAGCUGGGAGGACUGGAGGUGGGAUGGCGGGUGUGGGGAGUGGGGUUUGGAUGUUAGUCAUGAGCUUGAGGAUGGGCAGAGAGAAGCGGGAGGCAGGUUGUGUGUUUUUGCGAGCCGGUGGCAGGAGAGAGAUGGGGUUUGGGUGUAUGUUGGGGGACGGGGUGGGUGA